GUCUCUGUGGGACUGCGUGCUGAGUGUGUAGAGGAGUUCCUGGUGUAUUUUGAAGGGGAGAAGUGGAUCAGUGAUGUUGGAUGAUGCACUGCGAUGAGGGAAGCUCAGUUAGUUUGAAGGCAUUGCUUGGAUUUUAGUUGCUGGGGGGGUGUUGUUUUCAUUGUUAUUAAGAGAUUCCGAUCCCGACGUUUCCAGCUGGGGCAGUGGAAGAACAUUUAGUUUUAAAGGUCGGAGGAAGCGCAUUGACAAUGUUGGAAUUAAAGCCUUUUUUUGACAUUGAAGAUGACGUCGUUCCUUGGCUUUUGAAGUGCAGACUGACCCCGUCGGAUGAAAAUGAUUUAUCUACGAGGCCCUCGAGGAACGAGUUACAAAUUGUCCACGUUGAAAUGAAUGGUCAUGUCCUGUACACCUGGAAGGGUACGAAGGGAACCACCUGUAUUGCCGCAUAUGAUCCUCACAACAAGCAAAACAAGCUGCUAUAUGUUUUUGACAAGGAAGUACCUUUGAUUAGUUGCUCUGUCAACAUGGAAAGAACAUUGUUGGCUGUAAGUUUUCUGCAGUGUACAAGAAGUGGUGUACCGUUCGAAACAUUCAGACCAGUAUCCAGGUGUUUGACGUUAUUGCUUGAGAUUCAUCCAGUUAAUAAUACGAAAGUUUUAAAAGCUGUGGACUCUCACGUCAGAGUUCAGUUUGUCUAUCCCACUUCAGAUGCAAAGCUAUAUCCUGAAAACCACCUGCUGGUAAUUUCUGAGGAUGGAUGCAUUGAGCAUAUUCUCAUACGAGUGACUAUUGAAGAAGGUUACAGAGUGACUAUUCAGAAUCCAGAUCGACUUCACAAAGACAUUGUGGCUGAAGAUAUUUUGUGGGCACAGUGGGAUACACAAGGUCAGAGGUUGUUCUAUAUCGUUGAAAAGGAAAACAAUGCACUUCUGACGUGCAUCCAGUUUUACCCAGACAGAAACUAUGAAAAGUUGCUUUCAUUUCCUCUUGGAUUCUCUUUAACAGUUACAAAAUUACGACUCAUCAAUUUUGGAUACAAUAGUUUUCAACAAGAAGAAUCAUCAUUGGAAUUGUUGAAUCUGCAAGUUUUCACAAAUCCUACAGGUACCAUGUCAGUAUGUUACAGUCAUCCUAUGCAAAACAAGCAGGAAUUCACAUAUUCAGUGAUUCUUCUGCAUUAUGGUUGGAGGAGAACAUUUAUUGUUUCUUUGGAGGAAUCUGAUCAAUACGUUAUAAGUGAACCAACCUUCAUUAAUAUUGGUUAUUAUGUAGCUGUUUACAUGCCUGGAUAUUUUUUACACCUCAUCAAUAUACAGCAUCCUAAUUUGGUUUGUCAUAGUUUAUUUCUGUCAGGGAAGGAUGCCAAAGUGAGCCCCUGGAAUCUGCAACAUCCCAUAUUGUCAUUAACUGAUUCACUACUGGAUUGUCAGUUUGGAAAAAUAUAUCAAGCUCAUCUUGACUUGAAGUUAUUCUUGUCAUUCAUGCAUGACAAUAAACUGGAUUGUCAUCAACUCGCAGCAAUGCAUUGCGCAGUCUUCUAUCUCCAGAACAACUCCGAAACAGAAGCACAGAUUAUUCACUGGAUGUGUGGAUUGCCUGUUACUGGCUCUAUUGAUCUUAUUCAGGAAUUCAUCUGUGGUACUUUAUACAGAAAAGCAAUCUCCGAAACACCCCUUGUGGCCAAACUGCUACCAUACUCCUCCUCAAUUAACUGGAAUGGGGAAAUUCCAGGAGUAAGCCAUAGCACAGAAACUAUUCCUGUAUCUGUUUUUAGGAAUACGAUUCAAACACUUAAAGGGUUCUGGGCAGAGCUAAACAGGAAUGUGGAAUUUGUGAAGAAUUUAGAAUGUUUUCAUUAUCCAUGGCACAAUAACAGCUCCAGACUAAUCAAAGCGCAACUGUGUUCAGAAAUGAAAGUGGAUGAACGGGCAAAGCAACAUUUCAGAAAUAUUUUCGAAAAUGCCAAAACGAUUCUUUCGAAAGUGGAUACAUGUUCCUCGGAACAGAAAGCUGUUUCCUUCUUUCAGGAAGAAGACCGCCACCAGAUGGUGCUGAUAGGACUGAUGGUUGAGAGACUGAAGGAACACCUUAUGAAAUAUCUUCAUUAUAUAGGAAAGAAGAAGAUUGACCUGAUAGUUAACAACUAUGCCGUGACCUUGCUUGAAUGCAUCUGGCAGAUCAUAGAUAAGAUAUGGAAUAAGUACAGCCUCAACACCCACAUCCUGUGCUUGUCUAACAGAGAGAAAAUAAAUUCUGCAGAGUUUGUUGUAUUCCACAUGAUGACCCGUGUUUUGGAAGCUGCUGAAGGACUAUUUCUACCUUUACCUCCAGGUUAUCAUACAGUUCACAUAACCAUUGCUGCACGAUGCCUUCCUUUACACACUUUACUGCAUUAUAUUGAUAUUGGAGUGUUGCAUCCAACAGAACGGUUUGUUACCAAGCUACUUGAAGAAGUUGAUAAUUCUGCGACCAAUGAAAGAUUCAAGUUCAGCAUCGCAACAAGAAUUCCAGAAACUAUUGGACAGAAGAUAUGUCACCUCUGGGAUCAUCCAGUCAGUUUAUCCUGUAUUGCUAGGAACCAUGUGAAAACACUGCUGAGUGAACUUCGCACCUAUGAGAAAUCAUCAGCUUUUUCCCUGAACGAGCAGACUCCAUUUGAGUCUGAGUUUUUGCCACUGACUUGCCUAACAAGAGUCUUAACAGAAGUAGAGGAUCAAGCAUUAAGCCAUUUAGAGGAAUCCGAAAAUGUGGAUGCAAAGUUUGUGGAAGAAGUAGCACUGAAGCAGACAUUAACUUUCCUUGGUCUUGAAAAUAAGUGACAUAAGCAAGGACACAUUAAAGGGGAAACAUUUGAUACUGAUAUCUUUCAAGAAAUAAUUUAAUUUUUUGCUUGGUUAUUUGCCACGUGUAAAAUAGAAAUAAUCAAGAUACACAUCAAGGUAAAACAAAACUUGUUCAAAGAGCGAGAGAGAGAGCAAUCUGUGGUCUAAUUAUGUAUGUAUUGGUUCCAUUUAAUUACCAACACUAAUUCUGUUUGUUAAAUUGAGUUGAGACACUUCAGAUUCUAAGCUGAACUACAACAGUGUUCAGAGGAUGAUUUUUGACAAUGACUGUUGCAAUCUCAUGAUGAUGGACAUGCUGAAACCUGUGGUUCAGCCCAAUUUAUGAUUCCAAAUGAAGGAAAACAUGUAGUAGGAAGCUUUUUAAGAAAGUCAAACAGGUUUUAAAACAUGUGGUAUCUACCAUAUGUGCAAUUUUAAUUCCCUGAACACAAUGUUUUAAAAGAAAAUACUCAAAUUACACAAUAUUAUUUAUUUACUUAUUAAAUACAUGACCACAGUAGUUAAUCUGUAAAAUAUUUAACAAUAGAUGGUGUAGUAUCUGUAGUUUUGGGAAUAUGCUUCAGUAAGAUGUUUGUUCUAAGUGAUAAAACAAAAUGUUACUUUCAAAUGUUUGAGUCUCAAGAAAACAUUGCAUCAAAUGCAAUAGAAAUACACCUUUUUGAAUACUUUUGAAUGCAUGCAGUUGAUAUCCUUCUAUCUACUUCAAUAUAUAACCUAUUUUGCAAUAAGUUUGACUAAAAGUUAAUUUGUAAAACUUGGUCUUGAUUUUCUGGAAAAAUAUGUAUCGCUGUGGAAGUGAUUGUAGAUCAAACAUUUGCACAGGGACUGAGCAUUUAUAGAAUAUGCAGUCUUCCAUUUGUACUUCAAAUGCUUGAAUUUUUAAAGUCACAAAUAUGAAACUAUUAAUUCCCAUGAUAAAGCUACAUUUUUCUACAUGUAAAGUUAUGUAAGAUUUGAUUUGAAACAAUGUACAUAAAUAUAGAAUUAUUACUCUGUGCUACAUUUGAUGUGUGUUGCUCGACAUGUUUUAGAAAGUCAAUAUGUUGCUGAUUG